AUGCUGCAGAUCUACAAGGACCUUGACCUGGCCAUCCCCAAGGAGGUCACGGUCUCCAUCAACUCCCGUGUCUUCACCGUCAAGGGACCCCGCGGCACGCUCACCAAGCACCUCAAGCACAUGAACCUCGAUGUGCGCCUGGUCAAGAGCCCCAGCGGUGACAAGGUCAAGUUCAUCAUCUGGCACGGAGGCCGCAAGCACCUCGCCUGCCUGCGCACUGGUGCCGCCACCGUCGCGAACAUGAUCAAGGGCGUCACGGUCGGCUUCCAGUACAAGAUGCGCGCCGUCUACGCGCAUUUCCCCAUCAACAUCAUCAUCGCCGGCGACAACCGCUCGUGCGAGAUCCGAAACUUCCUCGGCGAGAAGCGGGUCCGACACAUCCAGAUGCUCGACGGCGUCACCAUCUACGAGGACAAGGCGCAGAAGGACCAGGUCCUGGUCGAGGGCAACGACAUUGAGCUCGUCUCGCAGUCGGCCGCGCUCCUCCACGGCGCCUGCCUGGUCAAGGAGAAGGACAUCCGAAAGUUCCUCGACGGCAUCUACUGCACCGGCAAGGAGAGCAUCGUCAAGGCCGAGGAGUAA